CCGACUUGGACCAUCUCCAGUUGUCGCAUGAUAUAAAGGGGACGUACAAUUUCUGCGGUCAAAGGCUUCUCUACGUUCUGCGGAAAAGACAAAUCGAUCAUGUCAGAAUCUGCAAUGGAGAAUCAAGAACCAUUGCUCCUUACCGCUUGGCGGAGGUGCAAUGAGUUUGCUGCAGAGCACAACAUCUCGCAAUCUAUAGUCUCUGCCAUUGGGACAGUCGCUGCAAUUGUCGUUGCAACUCUAAUUCUCCGCCUCACAAACGCUAUCGCUACAGCCUCUAUCAAAGCAGCCACCGGUCGUCCUCGCCAGUUCACCGUCCCCGCGCCCAAGAUCCCCGAGCCUUACUCCACCGUUGACGCCCCUUCAGUCAGGGUCUCUGGCAGCUCGGCCGUUCAAUGCUAUGCACCAGCUACUGGCCAGUUUUUAGGACAAAUCAACCCUUCUACACCCGCUGCUAUCGAUCGAGCUGUUGUCGCCGCCGCGGCUGCGCAGAAGGUAUGGGCUGAGACAACCUUCGAGGAACGCCGUGCUGUGUUGCGCUCGCUGCUGCAGCACGUUCUCGACAAUGCUGAGGACAUUGUCAAGAUUGCGUGCUUGGACAGUGGAAAGACUAUGGUGGAUGCUCAGUUGGGAGAGAUUCUUGUCACAGCUGAGAAGCUCAAGUGGACUCUCGACCAUGGUGAAGCUGCACUGCGCCCGUCUCGUCGUCCUACCAACUUUCUCAUGAUGUACAAGCGCAACACUGUCCACUAUGAACCUCUUGGUGUUGUUGCUGCUCUUGUCAGCUGGAACUAUCCCUUCCACAACUUCAUCGGUCCCGUCAUCAGCGCCCUCUUCUCUGGUAACGGUAUUCUUGUCAAGGUUUCUGAGCAGACUGCUUGGUCUAGUCAGUACUUUACCAACAUCGCUCGUGGCGCUCUCAUUGCCCAUGGUCAUGAUCCUCAGCUUGUUCAGACAGUCGUGUGCUGGCCUCAAACCGCCGGGCAUCUUACUUCACAUCCUGGUAUCAGCCACAUCACCUUCAUCGGUUCUCAGUCUGUCGCCCAUCAUGUUGCUGCUAGCGCGGCCAAGAGCCUUACUCCUGUUGUCGCAGAGCUUGGUGGCAAGGAUCCCUUCAUUGUUCUCGAUUCUGCUUCUCGGGACCUCAAGCGCAUCACCGAAGUCAUUCUCCGUGGAACCUUCCAAGCUGCUGGCCAGAACUGUAUUGGUAUCGAGAGAGUCAUCGCCCCUCGUGCAAUCCAUGAUAAGCUUGUCGAAAUGCUUGCUCCUCGUGUUAACGCCUUACGUCUGGGCCCUGAGGCCGAUGUCGGUGCCAUGAUCUCUGACGCCUCCUUUGACCGCCUUGAGGAACUCAUCGCUGAGGCUGUCGCCCAAGGAGCCCGUCUCCUUGCUGGUGGCAAACGCUAUAACCAUCCUGAAUAUCCCACUGGCCACUAUUUCCAGCCAACUUUCCUUGCCGACGUUACCCCUGACAUGCGUAUUGCACAAAAUGAGUGCUUCGCUCCUGUUCUUACUCUCCUCCGCGCCAAGUCGUCUUCCCCUGAAGAUAUCCUCGCCAUCGCCAACGCUCCCAACUUUGGCCUCGGUGCCUCUGUUCACGGUUCUGAGCGUGAUCCCAACUUGCAGCCCAUCGUCAAGGGCCUCCGCGCCGGCAUGGUCGCUGUCAAUGACUUCGCCGUCUACUACGCCGUCCAGUUGCCCUUUGGUGGUGUUGGUGGAUCUGGUUACGGCCGCUUUGCGGGCGAAGAGGGUCUACGCGGACUCUGCAACAUGAAAGCCAUUUGUGAGGAUCGCUUCAGCUGGCUGGGCAUCCGCACUGGUAUCCCUCCCCCAGUGCAGUACCCUAUCAAGAGCCAGCCCGAUAGCUGGAAGUUCACACACGGUGUUGUGGAGCUGGGCUAUGGAGCUCCCUUGCGAAAGCUCAAGGGUCUCGGCAAUAUUCUCGCAAACAUGUAGAUGGGAGCCAUAGAGAUCGGAAGAGAUGAAAAGACUGAAGACACAUGCAGGGUGCCAGGCCAGGACAUGCAUGUCUUGGCUGAAGUGCAAUACGGCACAGGAUGAACAUAAUUCUCAUGAGCUAUGAGCAGAUCAGUUGAUUAAAAAACGUAGAUAAUAAACAGUAUCGUUAAUGCCAAAAC